CACUCCGAGAACCUGGCUGAAGGGAUCCCGCUAGACCCUGUUGGAUUUGGGAAGUCGCAUUGUCCGGAACUGGGCGAGGAAGACCCGGCUCGGGACCUGAAAACUCCCUGGAGCCGCGGUCGCCGCUGGGCGCCCUGGGAAAGUCAGCAGUGGGGGAACCGCAGCCCGGCGGCCCUGGAACCUCCCAGGGUUUGUUGACAUUCAUCUCUGUGACUGUGGACUUCUUGCAGGAGGCAUGGAAUGCCUAUAGCCUGCUCACAGGGCGUUUUGCAGAGAUCUUCUAUUGGAGAAGUAUAGCAGCGUGGAUUCGUAGGAUCUCACAUUGUCAAUAAGUCCUGCUCACCUGUGAGUCAGAACAGAGAGCCCUGGAUGUGAAGAGAGAGGAUCCAGAAUUCAGUUCUGUCUACUCUGGCUACCUGAUUUCUGCCCUAUCAAAAAGCCAAGGCAGUUUCUUUAUUCAACCAAUGAAAGCAACACAUAAACAGAAAGACCUCCUACACCAAGAACAUGCUGUCCAUGGUUUUGUAUUUUUGACACCUUGAUGGAAAUUUCAACAAGAAUUCCAGUCUUUGUUUUCUGAGAGAGAAUCUCUGAAGAGCAAGAAGAAGAAUGAAUGCGUCUGUGGUAAAUGCUCCCCAGGGUCUGUUAACAUUCAGGGAUGUGACGGUGGACCUCUCACAGGAGGAAUGGGAAUGUCUAGACUGUGCUCAGAGAGCUUUGUACAUGGAUGUGAUGUGGGAGAAUUACAACAAUCUACUCUUUGUGGAAAAGCAUCAUUUAUGUGAUAAAUGUGAGAAGGUCCUGCACCAAGGCACAAAGACUUUUAUCCAUGAUCAUGAAAAUAUUCAAGAGAAAUCUUACAAAUGUUAUGAGCUCGGCCAAGUGAUUCAUGAAUCCUGCCAAUGUACACCUUAUGAUACGAGGAAUACUGCAGAAAAUUACAAGUACAGUUUUGGUAACCACAUACCUGCCUGUGUUGAAACCACAAUCCUCAAUAGACACAAAAGUGGAAACGCUGGAGAUGAACUUUGCAAAUAUGAAGACUAUGUAAGUUGUUUAAAUUUGUGUUUCAUCAUUAGCCAAAAUCAAAGUAGUCACAAAAGAAAGAAAGAACAGAAAAGUACAAAGUAUGGUCCAUCUUUUCACUCUAAUAGAGAAAUUAUAUUGAAACAAACUGAUAAUGGGAAGAAACCACACCAUUGCAGGAAAUGUGGAAAAUUCUUCAAGACUUACUCAAGCCUCGUUAGCCAUCAGAGAGCCCAUACUAAAGAAAAAAACUAUAAAUGUACAAAAUGUAGUAAUUCUUUUUUGCAUUUUUCACAACUCAAUGUCCAUUAUAAAACCAACUGUCUGGAAAAACCUUACAAAUGUUCAGAAUGUGGUAAAUGCUUCUGUCACACAUCAGACUUUGAAAGACAUUACAGGAUCCACAUUCGAGGGAAACCUUACAAAUGUAGUGAAUGUGACAAAUCAUUUUCCGCAAAACAAAAUCUUAGAACUCAUCAGAGAAUCCACACAGGAGAGAAACCAUACAAAUGUAAUGAAUGUGGCAAAUCUUUUAGAAGUGACCCCAAUCUUAGAAAUCAUAUGAAAAGACAUAGAGGUGAGAAACCUUACAAAUGUAGCGAAUGUGAAAAAUCCUUUACCACAAAAGACAAUCUUAGAACUCAUCAGAGAAUCCACACAGGAGAGAAACCUUACAAAUGCAAUGAAUGUGAGAAAUCCUUUACCUCAAAAGACUAUCUUAGAAUUCAUCAGAGACUCCACACAGGAGAGAAACCUUACAAAUGUAGUAAAUGUGGCAAAUCUUUUAGAGGUAGCCCAAGUCUUAGAAAUCAUCUGAAAAGUCAUAUAGGUGCAAAACCUUACAGGUGUAGUGAAUGUGAGAAAUUCUUUACCACAAAAAGCAGUCUUAGAACUCAUCAGAGACUCCACACAGGGGAGAAACCUUACAAAUGUAGUGAAUGUGGCAAAUCCUUUUCAAGUAGCUCAAAUCUUAAAACACAUCUGAAAAGUCAUUCAGAUGAGAAACCUUACCAAUGUAGUGAAUGUGACAAAUCAUUUUCAUAUGGCUCAAAUCUUAGAACACAUCUGAAAACUCAUACAGGUGAGAAACCUUUCAAAUGUAGUGAAUGUGAUAAAUCCUUUACCACAAAAGAUGGUCUUAGAACUCAUCAGAGAAUCCACACAGGAGAGAAACCUUACAAAUGUAGUGAUUGUGACAAAUCUUUUGCCCAGAAAGUCCAGCUUAUGACUCACCAGAGAACUCAUACAGGAGAGAAACCUUAUAAAUGUAGUGAGUGUAACAAAUCCUUUACCAGAAAAGCCAAUCUUAGAGGUCAUCAGAGAAUACAUACAUUAGAGAAACUUUAGAAUGUAGCAAAUGUGAGAAAUUCUUUACUGUUGGUUCAACUCUUAGAAUACAUUCCAGGAUAUUUGAUUACACUGUGAAGCCCGAGUUUUAAUAAUAUUAAUCUUGGAUCAGGGACUGAAAUCCAGAACUAUUUAACAGGAAUUAGCAAUUGAAAGUAAGAUGCAGAAAUGAACAAUAAUGAAUAGAUGAACAAUUUGGAAUUUCACAGUCUUUUUAGUUGGAUAUGGUUGGGGAGACCCUCUCUUGCUGAGUCUCUAGGCCUCUCUGAACCAGCAUGUUUGGUGUGGGAAGUCCUUCUGUACAUGUAUUGCUUUUAUUGGUUAAUGAAUAAAGUAUCUGUCUUGGGCCUGGCAGGGCAGAAUAGAGGUAGGUGGGAAAAACAAAACUGAAUGCUGGGAGAACAGACAAGUCAGAACCUUGCUGGUAAGCCACUGCCACGUGGCUAUAUGCAAAUUAGUAGAAACUGGUUAAAUUAAGAAAUUAAUUAAAUUAAUUAAAUAAUUAAAUUAAGAUGUAGAAAAAAGCUAGCUAAUAAGAAGCUAGAGCUAAUAGACCAUGCAGUGAUUUAAUCAAUACAAUCUCUGUGUGGUUAUUUCGGGGCUGAGCAGCCAGGAACAAACAAGCGGCCUCCUCCAACACAUGUUUUCACCCCAAUGUCUGAGUCCUGAGCCUUUAUUGGUAAAUAGAACAAUAGAGACUUAGGUAAAAGCUACAUAUGUUGGCUAUGCCACAGCCAGUACUAGCAGAGUCAGAAAUCCCACCAAACCACAGCCCAAGCAACAGUGUAUUUAAUGCAGGGCCGUAGGACCAUGGUCAGGUGUAACUGCUUUGCUGACAGGAAAACAAUUUGAACACAUCAGAAUAGAUACUAAAGAGAAACAUAAAUGCAGUGAAAUGUUUGCUCAUUUUUUUAGAGUAUAUUAGAGAAUUCAUUCAGGAGAUAAACCUUGCAAGUGUAGUUGUCUUCAUCAGGCUUUUAUUGCUCUGAAGCAAUUCUCUUAAAGGAAAACUUUUAACUGAGGCUGGCUUACAAUUUCAGAGAUUUAGUCCAUUGACGUCAUGGUGGGAAACAUAGUGACAUGUAUGCAGACAUAGUGCAAGAGAAUGAACUGAGACAUCUGUGGCAUGAUCCUUGGGUAGCAGGAAGUAAGCUGUGUACUAGGUGUGGCUUGAGCAUAUGUGAGACUUCAUUGCCUACCUUAACAGUGACACACUUCUUCCAACAAGUUUACCCCAACUCAAAGAAGGCCGUCCCUCCUAAUAGAGCCAUUCCCUAUGGGCCAAUCAUUCACAUUGGGGCCAUUCCUAUUCAAACCAUUACAGUAGUGGAUAUGAGAAUCCUUUUAUCUAUAAAAUCACCCUGAGAACAGAUCAUAGUAUUCAUAUGGUAGAGAAAACUUAAAAAUGUAAUAUAUAUUCAAAAGUCUUUACCAGCUUCUCAGGUCUAAGAGAACAUCUGAAAAUGUAUACCAGGAGACAAGUUACCAUGGGAAAUCAUUUGGGAUCUUCUUAAACCAAGGUCUGUUCUUAGCUACACUUGAGACUCCACACUAGAGAAUCAUUGUGAACAUGAGAUAUUUGGGAAAGCCUUUAAUUUCAAAUCUUAGAAAACAUCCGGAGUUAAUGCAGAGAAAAAUGGGAAAAUGUAGAACAAGUUUCAUCAAAACCUUUUACUUGUUCAACCUCAAAUGUUUCAUAAUAAAGACCAAAUGGAGAAAUGUUAAUUAUAUGUAGUUGUGUAACAAAUUUCUGGAGAUCGGAAUGAUCCAUUCUGGAGGGAAGCUGAUUAAGGCAAGAAAUACACCACUCAAAACAACGUCAAUACAUAUCUGAAACUGAUAGGAUUCAGUGUUCUUAACUCAAAUGAAGAAACUCAGGGAAGUCAUGUCCCUUUGAAGAGGAUUUUAGUCAUUAAGAUAGGGUGCUCUUUAACUUGUAGGUUUGCCUACUGAUGUGUAGUGUGCUCCAGGUGUGCAGUGUGCUCCAGGUGUGCAGUGUGCUCCAGGUGUGCAGUGUGCUCCAGGUGUGCAGUGUGCUCCAGUGUAGUGUGCUCCAGGUCUGCAUUAUGCAUAAGCUGUGUCACAUGCAGCUUUUGAGUUUCAUCAUAGGAACUGUGUUUGAGUCUCUCAUGAUCCUGUAAUUAACUGCUUCCCCAUAUUUCUGUAAGCAAUUCCAA